GGGCUGUGGCAGCGGACAGUGAAGGGCAGUGGCUGCAGCGUAUACAUCUGUAGGGUGAGUUAAUUGCGGACGAUCCCGGAUCCCUAACUUCUUUUUCCGGGCACUUCACACGGAUUUCAAUUAUGGCAGGUCCAGAAUCUGACAGUCAGUAUCAGUUCACUGGUUUUAAGAAAUACUUCAAUUCAUACACCCUUACUGGCAGAAAGAAUUAUGUACUGGCCACUUAUGGAGGAAUCGCUUUGCUCAUACUUUACUUCAAGACAAGAUCUAAAAAAACUCCAGCUGUAAAAGAAACAUAAAUGGAGUCCCAAUGUGUGCGUGUGUGUGUAUGUGUAUACUUUGUCCAACAUCAAGUUCCCUGGCUGAAGGAAGAUCUGCUGUCAAUUUAGCAUGUGAUCUACAGUUCUUGAAAUAAAACAUGAACUCAGAAAA